GCCCACUCUCGCAGGGGGAAGCAUGUUCUUCAGUAUCCCAUCUGACCCUGCCCUGUGGCCGUUUGAGCAUGUUCCCCCUUGUCCUGGCACGCCAGGCCCUUGGCUACGGUUCUUUGUCCAGAGUCCUCCUUCAGGGCACUGUGAAGUGCUCCCUCCUGCCCAGCAGCUUCCGAGGCAGCUUUAAAAAACAUUUCCACUGUGGGGCUGUGAGAGCAGAGACUGGUGUCAGAUAAGCCCGACCUGGGGCUGCAGCCCACCCACAGCUGCUGUGCAACAGCCGUGGUGUUUGUGGGCUGUCUGAGGCCAUACUGAUGCUACUCUGAAAUUUAAAAAAAAAAUCUGACUAGGGAAAUACCAAAAAGGAAAGGUUUAUAGCCACGAAGUACCUUGAGGGUUUGUAUCCCUGCACGUGUCAUUUGUUACAUUGUUUUAUGGUUAUGUAAAAUGUAUAAAUUUCAACCUAAUUACACUAUCCCUAUCUAUAUAUGUGUGUUUAUAUCCCUUUUUCUUUAUUCCCUGACUCUACCUGUUUGGAAGCUAAAAGCUAGGGGCAAGUUUUCCUUGCAUGUACAUCACGUGAAAGGCUUUUGUAAAUGGACUAUAGUAACAGAGGCUUUUAAUCUUGUUCUCUAAAUUCUCUAAAGAGAUGGAGGAGCUGGCAGAGCAUGGCAUUUCCUUACCUUACAACAUGCAAGGACUGACAGAUGAGCAGAUUGAAGAGCUGAAGUUAAAGGACGAGUGGGCAGAGAAGUGUGUCCCAAGUGGUGGGAGCGUCUUCAGGAAGGAUGAAAUGGGGCGAAGAAAUGGAUUUGCUCCAAAUGAAAAAAUGCAGCAAGUUAUAAAGAAGACAAUAGAAGAAGCUAAGGCAUUAAUCUCUAAGAAACAAGUUCAGGCUGGUGUGUGUGUGGACAUGGAGACGGUGAAGGAUGCCUUGGAGCAGCUCCGAGGGGCUGUCCUGAUCGUGUAUCCCAUGGGAUUGCCUCCCCAUGAUCCCAUCAGGAUGGAGUUUGAGGAUAAAGAAGACUUGUCAGGAACUCAUGCUGGAACUGAAGUUAUAAAAGAAUCAGAAGCACAGUUGUGGUGGGCAGGAAAGCAGUUAGAAGAAACAAAGUUGCUCUCUGACUAUGUGGGCAAAAAUGAGAAAACAACCAUCAUUGUGAAGAUCCAGAAAAAAGGACAGGGAGCCCCGGGGCGGGAGCCUGUGCUCAGCCAUGAGGAGCAGAAGGAGAUGAUGCUGUACUACUACAGGAAGCAGGAGGAGCUGAAGAAACUGGAGGAGGAGGACGACGACUCGUUCCUAAAUGCGGAGUGGGCAGACAGCCAUGCUCUGAAAAGGCAAUUUCACGGUGUCAAAGACAUCAAGUGGGGUCCAAGAUGAAGCUCUGCACCCCCCUUCCUAAGCUGCUCGGUUGAUGCUGUUGUUUGCAGCAAGGAGUUGUGUGUGGUAGAUUCCUCAGACAGCAGCUGAAACUGUCAUUUCUGUGGCCUUAGAUGUUCAAUAAAUGUUCCUAUUUCUCUGUGACUGCAGCAGCACUUUCCUCUGCAAAGAAAUUAACAGAUUCUCCUGAUGUUUGGUAUUCUAUUAGAAACUUGUAAUUUUGAUACAGAAGUGUCAAUCUGUUUCAUAGGUAAGAGAUGUAAAUAUGCCCUGGAGCGUUUGGUGGUGUUCAGAGUGCUCUUUAUACUCUCUUCUCACUCUUGCAUUGCUAUUGGAGAAGGUAAUUUAUUUUAUAGGAAAUCAGUUUCCCCUGACUAAUCCAGGGAGAUUUAACGUUUUUUAAUGUGCUUGUUCACAUUUCAACAUAGCGCUUUCCAAACUGUAAUUUUUAAAUGAAUUAACUUCUUAAUAAUUGUUUAAAGGAAAUGUUUUUAUAUAAACAUCAGUGACA